GCACAGGGCGGCCGGAGCCAAUGCCGUCGGUACUCGGCCGGGGAAGGACAACACCAGAAAAGGGGCGAUGCCCAGCCGUCCGAUGUGGCUGGAUCGAUCGGACGGCCAAAAACGUUUACCACGAGGCCUGCUCUUCCCAUGGACCAUGGUGAUGCCAUUGCCCAGAGUCCCCCGACCGCAACUUCUGAAGAAGCCGCUGGCUGGCCGGUAAGGGGGCGCCGUCUCGAACUCUCGAUUCGAACCCUAGAGCCCAUCGGCGUAGGCGCGCAAGCCGGCAAGUCCGAGCCCCUCCGAAUCGUGGAGUAGAAGCGAGGGGAGAUCAUGGAGUCGGAGAUACAGCGGACUGAGAUGCUGCUGGCGCCGACGCUGGCGUUCAAGAAGGUGCAGACGGCGGACAAGUACCCCAAGGGCCAGUCCCGUGGCCGCCAGUGGAAGCACCUCCGCCACCUCCUCCAGGCCGCCGACGGCUCCUCGCUUCCUCCGGACCGCCCCAACUAUUUGAAUAUUCAGUCACCCCCAUCCAUUUAUCCACCAAAGAGAUACUGUGACAUUACAGGUUUUGAGGCACCAUAUGCAGAUCCAAGGACAAAACUGCGUUAUUCUGAUCCAGAGGUGUUCAAGCAAAUCAGAAUGCUUCCUGACGAAUAUGUCCAGAGAUAUCUGGCCUUGAGAAAUGCAGCAGUUGUGCUACGAUAAUAAACUCUACCACAAGCCAAUAUAUAUCCGUGCUAUAGUCUGAUGGAAUUUAUUUCCGUCCUGAUUGUGUUGUUGGCUCAAAUGAAUAUUCUGAAUGUAGACCUUAGGGUACUGAAUCCUUUUAUAUUUGCGAAGAGAUUACCUUUCCCCUGCAAAUUGUCCGUUGUUGUGCGCUCUGUGCUCAGAUACUCUGCUAUGAUAUGUCAGUUAUCGGUGUUCUGACUUC